UGUGAUCUAAGCAUUUAUGAUUUAUGAAUCAUAAUUUAUUAUCAUUAUGUUUGCCUGUUGUAAUAAUCUCUAUAUAGGUGGGUUAGUGGAUUCAUUAUUAUUACAUAUUUCUAACUGCCCCUUGAAUAGGUGUUACUGUAUUAGCCAUCAGGAAUACUCAAGUAUUAGUAGUAUUACCUAUGUCUCAUAGAAUAGAACCACAGACAAACUAUUACACUAUGUAAAGCACUGUAGCGAGAGAACACUGAGCGGGCCGACCAAAAUCAAUUCUUCUGCGCAUUCCCACUCGACACUACCCCACAGCUGAACCGGUUCAGCAGUGGGGUGACGCGGGGAAUGCGCAGAAUGCUGGUAUCCAUGCGUUCCCUCGCUGAACGGAGUGUGAUUUUUAUCUCUUUGAAUGCCUAGAUAAUCUGAUACCCAAAUUUUAUUGGACGAGUGACUGGUGUCUGUUGCAAAUUGUAAAUUGCAAUAAGAAUUAAAAAUUGAAUAUUAAAAUUAUAUUUUGAAAAUGAAUAAUGUCAAAGAAAUUGAACAGGUGAAAUCUAUUGUGUUGGAAGGUUAUGGCGGGUACGAUAAAAUAAAAAUAAAAUGUUGGCCACUUGAAUUUUUAGGACCUACAAGUGUGUGUGUUAAAGUUCAAUUAUGCGGUGUCAACUUUAGUGAUAUAUAUACUAGGCAGGGUUUUCUACGCCAGUUAAAAACCCCCCGUGUGCUCGGAGCAGAAUGUUAUGGCACAAUAGAAACUAUUGGAAGUGAAGUGAACAAUUUUCAAUAUGGAGACCGGGUAGUAUGUUAUGUUUGGACAGGAGGACUGUUUAGAGAAAAGGUUAUAGUGCCAGCAAGUAACUGUUUUUUAGUUCCGGAGAAUAUUAGUGAUCAAGACGCUGUUGCUCUACCAGCCAAUUAUUUAACUGCGUACUUGAGUAUUUUUACCAUGGGCAAUAUACAACCCGGAGAUACUGUUCUCAUACAUUCUAUCGCGGGAGGUGUUGGGUGUGCUGCUACUCAAUUGGCAAAAACUGUGAAGGAUACAGUUGUUGUUGGAACCGCUUCCGCAUCCAAACAUGAACAAUUAAAAGAAAAUGGAGUUUCCCACGUAUUAAAUCAUGAAAACUAUGAGACACUGGCUAAAAAUGUAUCACCACAGGGUUAUGAUUUAAUCAUAGAUAGUAUUGGUGGACCAAAUAUUGAGAUCAGUCAAACAUUGCUUAAGCCUUGUGGUCGUUUAGUCAUAAUUGGUGGUAGUUGUUAUAUUAAUGGUCAAACAUUAAAGAUUUUAAGAUCACUAUCCAUGAAGUGGCAAACCAAAAAUUUGGUCCCCCAAACAAUGAUAGAACAAAAUACCACCGUCUGUGGUCUUCAUUUGGGUAAUUGGAGCUCAAACAAUAUUGGCAGAAAGAAUGAAUUUUGGGAAAGUUUUAUUGAAGUUAAAUCAAUAAUAAAAAAAAGGUUUACAAGUUUGUUUGGUGCUGCUCAUCAAUGGGUGUCUUUUCUACUCAAUGUUUGUCCACUUAUAUUUUGUAUUUUAUGUUUUUUUCUCAUCAUAUAAUUAUUAAUUUUCUUUAAAAAUGUAUUUAUUGUGGGAAGUCUUUUGGUGAUCUAACUAUGUAAGUAAAUAAUCCAUAUUGCAAUUUGAAAAUUAGACUAUAUUUAAAAAUAAAAACUAUUACAUUUUAAAUUAA